ACCUCUCAUUAAACCAUCACAGUCCCCACAUGCUUCCUUUAAUACCAAUCCCAAGCAGACACUCUCUCUCAAAUCUAUUUUAUCUUUACAGUCAGAGAGAGACAGAGUCACAAAAGAGACAACAAUGGCGGUGAAAAGCAAGAAGAAGAUGGUCCUUAAGGCAGUCUCUGUUGUUAACAUCGGUUGCAGCAACUGUAAGUUCCCAACCUUGUCUUCUUUUUUCAACCGUUCCUCCAAAAAGCCCAGCCUCUACUCCUCUUCUUACGGCCACGGCCACGGCCACGGCCACUCCUCCUCCACCACCACCACCACCGUCUCUUCCUCCUCCGCCAUUCCCUCCACUACUCACUGGUUCUCCGACAACACCUCCUCCUCCUCCGCCGCCACACCCUCAGCCGCCGUCGCCGUCGAGAAAGACUCCGACGACCCUUACCUCGAUUUCCGCCAGUCUAUGCUUCAGAUGAUUCUCGAGAACGAGAUUUACUCCAAAGACGAUCUCAGGGAGCUUCUCAACUGCUUCCUCUCACUCAACGAGCCUUACCACCACAGCAUCAUCAUCCGCGCCUUCUCCGAAAUAUGGGAAGGAGUGUUCUCAGCCGCCGUCAAACGCCGUGGUAGCGUUCAAGAGUCUCCGCUCGUCCGUCAUCAUGGGCCGUCACGGGCCUCACGUGAUUACCAUAAUCACCAUUACCACUGAACGAUGUAAUGUAACUCUUUUAAGUUUUAAGUUUUAACUAAGUAUCAUGCCAUGUCACCAAUAAUAUAUUGACACGUUGACUAUCCAUAACAACUAGAACCGAUGUGUCAACAUAUUAUUGGGUUUGGGCUUUUUAACUUAUCUUAGCUUUGGGAUUCUCUUGUUUGUCUUUGAACCAGGUGUAACGACUACAAUGGUAGAAUGUUAUGUAAAAUGACCUUUCGUUUUAUAAACUAUAGUUUAAAUAUU